AUGAGUCAAACAGCUGAUGUGUUAACAGAUGGUACAGCUUUGAAGCAAUACAUUGUACUGGCAAAGGGAAACAAGGGAAGAGCUUGUGCUGCCCUCAUCGAACAGGUAUUGGCCAAUCCCAAUGUCUUUGUCUUUGGUGAGCUGUUAGAUAUGCCCAAUGUACAAGCUCUGCAACAAUCAGAGUUCAAGUCCUCCUAUGACUUGCUCAAUAUAUUCGCAUUUGGAACCUAUAAUGAAUAUCUCAAGAACAAAGACGCAUUGCCAGCACUUACACCAGCGAUGAUCACAAAGCUAAGACAGCUGACAAUUGUAUAUUUAUCCACAGUCUCAAAGGUCAUCCCCUACGCCAUACUCCAAGAGCAACUCGGAAUACAGAGUCUCAGAGAGUUGGAAGACUUGAUUAUCGAAUCCAUUUACCAAAAUGUCAUCAAGGGAAAGCUUGACCAGAAGAACAAGCACUUAGAGAUAGAGUUUGCCAUUGGCAGAGAUGUAUCGAUUGGCCAGAUCGACAAUGUUAUUGCCACGCUGGACAAUUGGAUUGGAACAUCUGAUACAUUGUUGAACAACAUUACCUCGCUUAUGGAGCAUGCUGAUAAGGUGCACCACAAGAACCGUGUCGAUAGAGAUGAGUUGGCCAGCAGGAUCGAGGUGGCCAAGUCACAGAUCAAGCCAGAGAUGGCCACUGACAUGUCCGCACAUCCAUUCGAGUCACAUGAAUACAUGGAUGAGAGAAUGAGGAAAGGAAGCAAGUUGAAGAUGAAAGAGUCGUUCAGAAAAUAG